AUGAAGGCUUCACCUCCAUCUUGGCGUGGCUCACCUGGAUGGGGACAUGCCUUUCCACCCUGGACUGGACUCCGCUGGCUUGUGGGGCUAAACACAACAAGAAAUCCUCGUCCUGGAGAAGUGAAUGGCAAAGAAUAUCAUUUUGUCACACGAGAGGCGAUGCAGACAAGGAUAGAAAACGGAGACUUCAUUGAGCACACAGAGUUUUCAGGGAACAUGUACGGGACGAGUAAAGAGGCUUUUCAAGACGUCCAGGCCAAGAACCUCAUCUGUAUACUUGACAUUGACAUGCAGGGUGUGAGGAGCAUUAAAAGGACCGACCUCAAUCCCAUCUACAUCUCUAUCCAGCCGCCAUCCAUGGAGGUCCUGGAACACCGUUUAAUAGACAGAAAAACGGAGUCAGAGGAGAGCCUCCAGAAGCGUUUACGUGCAGCCAGAGUGGAUAUGGAGAUUAGUAAAGAGCAAGGAUUAUUUGAUACAGUAAUUGUCAAUGAUAGUUUGGAGGAAGCUCAUGGGCAGUUAAAGGCAGUUCUUCUUGAGGUGAGUUACUGGUGCAGCACUCACACCUUAACUUGAAAUGAUCAAAACAAAACAAAUGCUACAAGUUGAGCAUCAACAAACAGGCUUUAUAACAUUUGCACAGAAGGCUUCACAGGCUUUUGAUUUAUGGGAAAUUUAAACGAGCCAGUUUAAAGCUAAAACCAAAUACUAAACUCAAAGAUGAAUUAAAUCAUUUUAAGUGUUAGCAUGCCAGGCUAAUCAGCUUGAUAGCUAUGUUAGUAACCCAGCCUUUCUUCUAAGAUAUUUGAAGUCAGCUUUUAGCUUGAGUAUUAGGAGUUACAAGUCCAACAUUAAAAAGCCAUCUCGCCAAACUUGCUCUUCUUGCACGGUGGAGGCAUUCAAGCCAGAGACAGUAUUGAACCUGUGCACACUGCUAUCUCUUCAGCAAGAGUUGCAUGGUCUUGUUCCACAUUUUUUUUUAUAAAUUGUUGUAGAUUUGUCUGUUUUUCAAACAUUACCUGUGUAGUCAU